GGGAAGUCACUCUCAAUAUCCAAUUAGAAGUACAGGAAGAAAACAACUGGUAAAGGUAACAUCCAUUUUAUCAAGAUUAACCAUCAUUGAUUUGAAAACGCAUAUUUGGUACUUAACCGAAUAUAGCUGAAAGACCACAAAAUGGCGGCAUCAGCAGGCCAAGUUCCGAUGUCAAAAGUGGAGUUGAGGAUCUCGUGCAGAAAGUUGAAGAAUAAGGACAUCACAUCUAAGUCUGACCCCUGUGCAGUCCUUUUUAUGCAAAAUGGAGGGAACUGGACUGAGGUGGGAAGAACUGAGAAUGUACAGAACUGCCUGGACCCGGACUUUGCCAAGUGUUUCACAGUGGACUACAUGUUCGAACAGGUUCAGAAAGUGAAGAUCUCCGUGUACGACCUCGACAACUCCACACCACAGCUCGGGGACGAUGACUUCCUGGGGCAGAUUGAGUGCUCACUUGGUCAGAUUGUGGCUGGACGACCUUUCCUGCAACCGCUGUUGGAUAAACAUGGCAAAAACAUGGGAGACAGCAAAAUAAUUAUCCGUUCGGAGGAGGUGAAAGAGGGAGGGGAGAUGGUGAUGUGUACGUUCACGGCACGGAAACUGGAGAACAAGGACUUCUUGGGCAAGUCUGACCCUUACCUGGAGAUUCUGAAAAGAACUAGUGAUGGCGGCUGGCAGGUCGUACACAGGACCGAGGUGGUGAAAAACAACCUGAAUCCCCGCUGGCGCCCGUUCCAGGUGUCCGUCCACACCCUCUGUAGUGGGGACAAGAACCAGCCCAUCAAGUUUGAUGUGUAUGACUGGGACAGUGAUGGCUCACAUGAUAUGAUUGGAGGGUUCCAGGCCUCCGUACAACAGCUGAUUGAGGCCAAAGGUCGCGAGUUUCCGGCAGUCAACGAACACAAGAAAGCAAAGAAGAAAAAGUAUGAGAACUCCGGAUAUGUGGUUGUUGAGUCAUUUCAAGUGAAGCAGGUACCUUCAUUCCUGGAAUUCAUCUAUGGAGGGAUGCAGAUUAACUUCACAGUAGGGGUAGACUUCACGGGUUCCAAUGGGGACCCCCGUCAGCCCAACUCUCUCCAUUACAUCAACCCCUACCAGCCAAAUGAGUACCAACAAGCAAUCCAGGCAGUAGGAUCUGUGUGUCAGGACUAUGACACAGACAAACUGUUUCCAGCCCUGGGAUUCGGGGCCAAGCUUCCCCCAUAUAAAGAUGUCUCCAUGGAGUUUGCCAUCAACUUUAAUCCACAGAACCCAUUCUGUGCAGGUAUUGACGGCAUCCUGGCGGCAUAUUCUGCCUGUAUACAGCAAGUACAGCUAUGGGGUCCCACUAAUGCGGCCCCAAUCAUCCAUCAUGUUGCCCGAUUUGCCGCGGCAGCCCAGCAGGAGGAGCCAACAAAAGGGGCACAUGCCUACUACAUUCUCCUGAUGUUGACAGAUGGAGUAUUGUCUGACUUUGAUGACACAAUCAAGGCCGUAGUGGAAGCUUCAGGACUGCCCAUGUCAUUAAUCAUAGUUGGUGUGGGGGAUGCCGACUUCAGCGAGAUGAAUACUCUCGACGGCGAUGAUGGGGUCCUUAAGGACAGGAGUGGGCGGCCAAUCAUGCGAGAUAUCGUGCAGUUUGUUCCCUUCAGAGACUUCCGUAGAGUAAGUGAUCCGAUUGCAACUGCAGCAGAGCUGGCAAAACAUGUGUUGGCGGAGGUUCCUCAACAAGUUACGCAAUACUACGCCAUGCGGGGCCUCACACCAAAACCACGCCCCCAGCAACAGGCCCCAUAGAGACGGUUGUUGUUAUUUCAGGGCUGUUUAGAGGGAACAAAUUAAAUCGAGAUGUGAUCGAAAUGAGCACAAGCCAACGAGUCCUGCAGUGAGCACUGGUCAAAUGAAAUCAUCAGAUACCCCGAAUAUACUACUAAACUAUGCUUCGUUAUGUACCGUGGGCCAAAUUGGCUAGGAAAUAUCUCAUAAUCAUGAAUAAUUCUUGAGGAAGUUUUAUUGGUUCCACAAGGUACCAGAUGCUUUCCUGUUGAAAAACAUUCUGGUGAACGCUGAAAAUGAAUCCGGUAAGCCUCUACAGUUCAAAAAUGUUUGUCAGCAGUCUUGACCACACGGCCAUGGAGGCUACUGACAUUAAUGCGUUAUUGAAGAAUAUUUAAUUCAAAUUCAUGGGAAGAAGAGUUGUCUCCCCUGCCUCAUGCUUAUUCAUCAAUAUGAGAUUUUGUCAGUCAAUUAUCCCUUGGUAUUAAUGAGGUAUAAGGUCAUAGUGUAGUGUGGCUGCUAAAAAUACCAGUAGUCAAAUGCUUGCCAGUCUUAUUAUUAAUAUGAAUUCCACAUAGCUAACUUUUGCAUGCUUUUUACAUUGUUUAAAUUAUGUGAUUUUGUGCUUUUUGAUCAAAAUGUAAUUUCAAUGACUUUCAGUUAUGUUGGACUUGACACAAUUGUGCAACUGUGUUGUCCUUAUCGCAAAAAAUAUUUGCGUCUUAGUUUAAUAAUGUGAUUGGUUAUAGAUAAAACCUAUAUACAUGUAUGCAUUAAUAAUUACCUUUGGUAUGAGGAAAUUAAUACUCGUCAUUUCUAUUGCUUUUUUUCAGCUCUCUUUUUGAUAGCUGUGAGCGAUUGAUCUGUUGUUCUUAUUUAAAGUGCUACUGGUGUUCGCAAAUUGGUUUUGUCAAUAUAUUAUUAUGUGAUGUUUGUUAUAUUAUACUUGUUACAUCUUUAUAAUCGUAAUAAGGUUCAUAUGGAAAUACAUCAUAGUGAGAUAUGACGUAAACGUUUGAAAAAGGGACGUAGAUGACUUUUGUUAGACGCCACGAAAUGACAAUAAAGUAUGAGGGACAGGUUUUUUGGCAGUUUUUUGUGUGUAGUUUUCUUAUGAUUAAUUUUCUACAUGCAAAUUAAAAUUAAAUAUUGUUUUUACUUUACAUUAAUGUAUUCUAAUGUUUUUAUAACUGGCACAUUGCAAUACGAAAUAGAUUUACUGUUUAUUGGUCAUAUAAAAAUGUUAGUAUUUUGAAUAGAUCCAAUGUUUCUUUCUAUUAGUAGAAUAAGUCAGUUAUAUAGGAAAUUGUUAAUUAUUAAAUGUAAUGUCCUGUCCGAUAACUUAUCUGCCCUUAAAUUACACUUCAUCCGGGAGAUUUAUUCAUACACAUGUAUUACAAACAUCAAUUUGGACUGAUAAACCUUUAACUACUUACUAAAUAAUUCAUUUAUGGAAAAUAUGAAUUACUGAUAACAAGAUUGUAACCAUGUAUUUAAUAGCUGAAAGCGCAAAAAACAUUAAAUGAUUGGUGAAUGCUAAAAGAUUUUCAGUAGUCUACUAUAGUCUCAUAAGGUAAAAAUAACGUGUUUUAUGCUCAUUUCUUUCAAAUUAAACUCGGUAUCCUUCAUAAGAACAAUUGUUUUUUACAUUUAUUCAUCCUUUUUGAAAUAUUAAAACAACAUUAUUAAUAGUGGUAAAUCUCAUCUGGGAGUAAGAGUGCAUCUUUAAAUAUUCACUUUCAUUCCUUUAAUUGCUUUCAGUAAUUAGAUAUUAGUUUAUUUCAGAGGGGGCAGUUUUGAAAAGAAGAGAUAAAAUACUUUUAGGAAUAUAAUAAAAAAAUGAAAAUUCUAUCUGCUCAUAACUGGCACCUAUGGUUUAGCCUUGUUCUAUUUGACAUAAUGAAUAACGGACUUACAUAUUUUCUUAAGUUUAAAUAUUUUUACGAUCAUAGUUUAAUGUUUAAUCUUUCUUCAUUUGUAUUAUAAUUAUUUAGCAAUACUAAUUAUAUAGUGUCAAUGUUAGUUUCUUUAUAUACAGGUUUCUUGUGGUUUAUAAAAUUAUGUACACCUCUUA